AUGACAGAAGAAGAUGACAGUAUGUACUUUCUUAAUUAGAUAUCAUUGCCUUUGAGGAAGAUGAUGACAAUUCGCCCGCCCAAAGCUCAGCCAAAAAUAUCUACCAGAUUUAAACAUAAACAAGUGAGAUAACAAGAGAUAAGCAAUGAACAAGCUUAAGAGGCGAGUGAAGACGGUCCUGUUAUCAAUUUUACCAAGCUUUUCAAAACUAGUAAAGAAGCAGGAACUGCACAGGGCUUAAAAGUGGAUCCAACUUAUGUGGCUCCGAUGGCAAAAUCACUCUUUCUAAAUCCUGAUGAUAAACAAGAAGAGGAUGAUGACCCUGGAGUCUUGAAAUUAGAAGAUCCUGAAGAUUAGCCAUUACCUCCAGAGGAAGGGGAUGUUUUCAUUAAGUCAAAAUCAAAUCGUUCUUAGAGGAGCACUCCUAAGAAAGAUGAAAGUAUUUUGGAUGUCAUUUAAAAAUACGAUGGAAAAAAUAUUGAGAACAGCUUAGAAUUUUCAGUGCAUCCAAUAGGAAAAGGAACUACAGAAUAAUUCCCAGCCAGUUAAGAAAAUAGAGAUGAAUUGGUUGACACUAUCUUCAGUUAACAAUUGAAGAUCGGCAUUCAAUCAACUGAUCCUAAAACAGACUUUUAUGGAAUUUCAUUGCUGACCUAAAAUGGUAGUUUGUUUUAGAAUGCUCUUAAAAUGUCAUUAAAACGUGCUUUCAUGACUCCAAUUCUACCAUUUAUUAUAAUUAUUACCAUUCUGGAUUAUACAAUGACGUCAGUUAAUCAAUUUUAAUUCUUUAUUAUAUACAUCUUGAUACUUUCAACAUUGCCCACAUUUUUAUGGUACAGGGUCUACAGAUAGGAACUAGAAUUGGAAUUCAAAUUUGAUAGACAAUUAGUAAAUGUUUUUGAUUUCGCAUAAAAAAGAUUUAGUAGUAGGACUAUUAUUAGACUAUUUCCUGGGUGCAUAGUGUAACUAAAGAAGGGGGAAAGAGUACCUGCACCUAUGAUUAUUCUGAGUGCUGAAAGUUAGGAACAUGCUUAAGUUAAUUUUGGAGAUGAUGUAAAAACAUAUAAGGUAGCUGCUCCGAAAUUAUAAGAACCUGAUUUAACAUAUAUUGAUGGUCAAUUGGAAUUCAACCAAUUACCUAUAUUUUCAGAAAAUACUAAGGCUAGAUUGAGAUUGGAUUUGGUGGAGCCAAUAGAUGUGCAAUUGAAUCAGGAACAUUUAGUAGAAGAAAAUGGAAUAGUUGAAUCAAACUAAUUGAUAGGUGUAUUACUUCAUUCAUCUACUCGUCAAAAGUAUUUGAGAGAAGCUUUAUCAUUCAAUUUACCAUUAUAUUUAAAUCCUCUGAAUUCAGAGUUUUUCAGUAUCGGAAUUGCUAUAGUACUCUCAAUAACAUUUUCAAUAGCUGGAUCGAUUUGGAGUAGCAAUAAUAAAGACAAGCAUUUAUACAUAAGAGAAUAGAGCAAUUAUAAUUUUAUAUCCUUAUUAAUUGAUAGAUUGAUAAUCUUUAGUAACAUAGUUCCAAUUUUCGUUGAGGUUUUUAGACCAAUAUUUUUAUGGUUGGCCAGAAAGAAAGUGAAUGGUGAUAUUGGAAUGGAUCCUUAGAGAUCAGGAUUAUUAACUAAAUUGAACAGCUAUAUAGCUUUGGAUAAUAUAGCAAAUACAAAGUUUAUCAAUUAUGGUUAAGUAUUAAAUGAACCAAGAUUAAGAGUGGGAAAGGCUACUUUAUUAGGAGGACCAUAAGGAGAGAAAAAAGAUAUCGAGAAGAAUAAUGAUGAUGUUAAAUUACAAGGAUAUGAACCUAAACCUAAUAAGGAGAUUAUGGAUGAUUAGAUUUAAGUAAAUUAAUCAACUGCCUUUGAGUAAAUUGAUUUAGAAUAUGAUGCUCAAUGUGAUGAUAAGGAGCGCAGUACAUUUGUAUUUGAAAGAGCAUUAUUAACACUACCAUAUAAGACUUUAAGUUCUUCUUAAUUGGCUAUUUAAAAAUAUUGUUAAUUAGGUGAGUGUGUACAAUUCUCAUAUGAUGAUAAUCAAAGAAGUGUCUUACUACCAAAGGAAGUGUUGAGAACAUAUACAGUGAAAUUGGUUGUUAAUACUGAACAAUGGGAUGCAUAUUUAUAUGAGAUGCCAUUGUUGGAGGAGAAGGAUUUAGAAUCAGAUGAUGAAGAAGCAUCAGAUUUACAAUAAUUGUAGGAUAGAAUUAAGAAGGAUAGAGAAUUGUUUGAGAAAAUGAAUAGCAAAAGAUAUAUUUGGGUUUUGUAGGCUGAUAUCGAAAGUACUUUAUGUAAGGAGCAUCCUCAAUUAUCAUAAUUUAUGUAAGGAAAAGCCAUUUUUGAAUAUACAUUCUAAGAAUAAGAAUACUAGAGAUUGUACAAAUAAUUAGGAUCAUCUGCUUUUAAGAGGAAAUACAUUCAAUUGCCUCCAUUUGCAGAAGAGCAAUUGAUGACAUAAAUUAAACCAUGUGGAGUAUUCCAAUUCUAGACUGUUGCUCAUCAUAAUUUCCAUUUGUUAUUAGAUUUGAAUCUGGCUAUCAUUAGACAGUGGUUUUUCAUUAGGGAUGUAGAAAGAGAUCAAACUCUACAAUAUUUGAAAUAAUAUAUGGAAUGUGUUGAAUUCACAAAGGAUGAUUUACAUAAUGAAAUGAAUAGUGUUAAGAGUCAAGCUGUCCCAUUAUUCAAAUAAUCAACAAGAGAAUUCAAAGUGUUUGAUAAUUUGUAUAAGAUUGAUGAUAAAUUCAUUACUUUGAUAAUCAAUUAAGAAGUUUUAGAUUAGGCAUUAUCAGAUGGAGAAAUGAGAUCAUAGUUUUAUGAAGUCAUUAUGAUUGCAUCCUUUUGUGGUCUUCCAUGA